GCCUGCUUCGCCAGUACUGCUUUCAAUUGCCCUUUCCCGCUUUCGCCAUGGCUUCCUGUCACGUCGUCGCGCUCGCCUCUUCGCAACUCACCGCAUCGUUCCAUCGCGCCCAAUGCUCCGAAGAGCAGAUGCGUUGCAUCUGGACAGUCGUGCGCCACCCCUCUCGCGGGCCACCGCGCAAGGCGAGCCCAGAGCCGCCGUCCGCCAGAGUGCACAAAGUGCGCGCGGUGGAAGGCGCUCCGUGCGGGUGCUAGCGGCGGGGGAGCGCAAAGACGAGGCGGGGUCAGCGGGCGAGAGGAAGGACGCGGAGAAGGUGCCGGGGUGGGCGCAGCCCGGAAACGCGGAGCUGCCGCCGUGGGCGCGCAGCGAGGCGCAGCGGGAGAAGCCAUUUGAAGUGCCGUUCUGGGCGUACCUCGUGGCGUCCGUGCUCGUCGCCAUCGCCGCGGUGGGGUCGAUCUUUGAGUACACGGCGGGCAACCCGCUGUUUGGCGUGGUGGGCAGCGACAGCGCGCUGUGGGCGCCCACGCUGCUGCUCUUCGCCACCACCGGCAUCCCAUCCUCCGGCUACCUGCUUAGUACCUUGCGAUUCAGGGCAGCCAACAAGCAGCACGGGAGGCGGACGAGGCAGGACAUGGUGUGAGGAAGUGGGCAACACGGAUGGAAGGCAGGACCAUGGACCAUCUUUCAGGAAUCAGGAAGAAGGGGGGAUACAGACUUAAUGUGGGACUUGCUCUUUUCUCACUUGAUAUUCCCAGCACAAUUGUACUAGGGCGCGUAACAUAAAGAAUAUUUACAAAAUUAUCAUGCUUGUAUAGACUGUAUAGGGUCAUCUUCUAGAGAGUACAACUGUUAGGUAUAUGUUUGUGUACUCUCUUCCUCUCAAUUAUCAAUUUCACUGGGGUGUGUCAAACAUGUUUAGUUAUCAUGCUUGUAUAGACUGUAUAGGGUCAUCUUCUAGAGAGUACAACUGUUAGGUAUAUGUUUGUGUACUCUCUUCCUCUCAAUUAUCAAUUUC